AUGUCAUCAUCUGGUCUCCCUCCGAGUCCAAUAUAUGUGUUCAGAGGGCACUCCGAUUCGGUUAAUACCUUACUAUUUUAUAAUGAUAAUACCCGUCUAAUAUCGGGAGACGCAGAAGGGAAUGUUACAAUAUGGGAUAUUCAAUCUCGGCGUCCUAUGGUACGAUUCAAAGCUCAUGAGAAUAGCAUCCUUGCCGUUGAUGUCUGGAAAGACAAAUUGCUCAGUCAUGGCAGAGACAAUAAAAUCCAUAUCUGGGAUCUAAACGAAGACUUUAACCAAUCACCAAAGUUAUAUAAAACGGUUUCAACAAAUUCUCUGGGUUUCUGCAGACUGGCAACAUGCCCCAAAGACGAGGGAGACUUGCUGAUUGCAGUGCCUGGAUCUGCCGAUUCUGCAACUAUUGAUGUGAAAGGCGUUAUCCAACAAAAUUUAUUCGAAUCCAUUGGGAUUGAUGAUAAGGAAUCAAACGGAUCCUGCAUGGCACUGAAGCUAUUUAGCUAUUCAGUAUCCCCCAAUCAAUAUUUACUUAUGGCAGCAUAUGAGAAUGCUCAAGUAAUCUUGUGGAAGUUGGAUGAAGAGUCGCAUGCAGUAACCCAGUUAUGGGCUGUAAAAGAGCACAACGAAUCAGUAAUGGGUCUAGACGUCUCAAAUGACACAAAGUAUGCGAUAUCUGUAGCGGGGGACAACAAAAUUGUCAAGUAUAGAUUCAAAGAUUCACUAAAUGAGACUCCCCAAGUAUAUUCUGUUAGUAUCAAAUAUCCUGGUAUCGCUGAUGUUAAGAUUAGAUCGGAUGGGAAGAUAUUUGCUACUGCUGGAUGGGAUGCAAAGAUACGCGUUUUUUCAAAAUCGUUGAAGCCACUGGCCAUAUUGUCAUAUCAUAAUGAGAGUAUUUAUGCCCUAGCAUUCUCCACGAUACUUUCAAAUGAAGAUAUUGACAAGCAUUAUCUUGUUGGAGCUGGAAAAGAUAAAAGAAUUAGCUUAUGGGAGAUAUACUAA